UUAGCAAUGACCCCCUUAUGAAAAUUAGUCAAAGUCAAUAAAGUCUCUAUUAGCUUGAAGCGUGAUACACUUGCGGCUUAUGCGAUUGGGCGUGUUGGUCCUGAAAAGACUAAAAUACCCUUUAAAUUCAACAUAUUGAAAACUACAUGUUCACCCCCAUAACUUUUAUAACCCCAAAGUGAAGUUUUUAUAAUCUUCAAUUUAAUACCUGAUACUUCAAAAAGGCACUCUCUCAAAAUCAACAAAACAUAUCUCCUAUUUUUUUUGCCAACCAAAAAUUGCACGAGCAUACCUGAAUAUUAUUAUUCUUAGCACCGACGUUCAAAAUGUCCAUUUUUGGCCAAAACUGACCGGAAUCCAAAUCACGUGAAUAGAACUGUGAGUUGCACGUAUGCAAUUCAGGGAAGAAUUUGGCUAAAAACUAGAAUUUUUAGUUGUUGGUGCAACAAUUUAUUAAGUUCAGGUAUGCUAGUGCAAUUUUUUUCCCGUUCAAGGAUAAAGUGCAAAAUCGUCCAAAGCUAAGGGAUUUUUUUGCAGUUAACCCUAAUUUAUAAUCUAACAAAGCUUCAUAAUAAUUGGCUGAUUGCACCCCUUUAAAUGCACUCAAUUCGCACAUUGCACCAUAAAUUUUAUCUUUUACAAUUUUAUACCUAAAAAUACUAAAAUAGGGUGCAAUGUGCAAAUAUAAUGUUUCUAGAGGGGUGCAAAAGGCGGUUUAUAAUUCUUGGCCGCCACAAAUAAACCCUUGCCCCAACUCUCAUCGUACUCAUUAUACAUACACGAUACAUGUGUAAUAAUUCAUUUCCGAGUAUAUGAGCUUUUGCUCCGUCUCAAAUAUUUUCCGUUGUUCAUCCGGUGAUAGUAUCAGGCGACGGCAGAUUCAGUUGGGGUUUCCGCUUUACGGUAAUUUCCUGGGCUGUUGACUGGACAAGAUGGCUCACCCAGGUGGUGGUGCCGAAGCCCAUGCUCGAUUCAAGCAGUACGAGUAUAGAGCUAACUCGAGUCUCGUUCUUACAACCGAUUCUCGCCCCCGUGACACCCAUGAGCCUACGGGGGAGCCCGAAACUUUGUGGGGGAAGAUCGACCCAAAAUCUUUCGGCGACCGUGCUUUUAGGGAUAAACCCCCCGAAUUGGAGGAGAAACUUAAGAAAUCUAAGAAGAAGAAGGAGAGGGAGCCUGCCCUUGAUGCUGCUCAACCUAGGAGCAAAAAGAGGCGUCUUCAGGAGGAGAGUGUGCUCACUUCGUCGGAGGAAGGUGUUUACCAGCCCAAGACUAAAGAAACGAGGGCUGCUUAUGAGGCCAUGCUCAGUGUUAUUCAGCAGCAGUUGGGUGGGCAGCCUUUGAAUAUUGUUAGUGGCGCUGCUGACGAGAUUUUGGCUGUUCUCAAGAAUGAUAACUUGAAGAAUCCUGAUAAGAAGAAGGAAAUAGAGAAGUUGUUGAACCCAAUUUCCGUCUCUACUUUUGAUGAGCUUGUAAAAAUCGGGAGGCUCGUUACCGAUUAUCACGAUGCUAGUGAUGCUGGUGAUGCUGCUGUCAAUGGAGAUGACGGUCUUGAUGAUGAUGUAGGUGUUGCUGUUGAGUUUGAAGAGAAUGAAGAGGAGGAGGAAGAGAGCGAUCUGGAUAUGGUACCUGAGGACGAAGAGGAUGAUGAUGAUGUGGCGGAAGUAGAUGGCUCUGGUGCUAUGCAGAUGGGUGGGAUUGACGAUGAUGAGGAGCAGGAAGCUAAUGAAGGGAUGACCUUGAAUGUGCAGGACAUUGAUGCAUAUUGGCUUCAGAGGAAGAUCUCACAGGCUUAUGACCAGAAUAUUGAUCCCCAACAGAGUCAGAAGCUUGCUGAAGAGGUUCUCAAAAUUCUUGCUGAAGGUGAUGACCGUGAAGUUGAGAAUAAGUUGUUGGUGCAUCUGCAGUUUGAAAAUUUUAAUCUUAUCAAGUACUUGUUGCGGAACCGGUUGAAGGUAGUAUGGUGUACCCGGCUGGCAAGGGCUGAAGACCAAGAAAAGAGGAAGGAGAUUGAAGAGGAAAUGAAGGGAUUAGGACCAAAUCAUGUUGCGAUCCUGGAUCAAUUGAAUGCCACUCGAGCGACUGCUAAAGAGAGGCAAAAAGACGUGGAGAAAAGAAUUAGGGAGGAGGCUCGGCGGCUCAAGGACGAUGGAGGAGAUGGUGUCAGGGACCGUCACGAGCGAGUUGAUAGAGAUGCGGAUGGUGGUUGGUUAAAAGGGCAGCGCCAACUUCUCGAUCUAGAUAACCUUGCCUUUAAUCAAGGUGGCUUGCUGAUGGCAAACAAGAAGUGCGAGCUUCCUGUGGGAUCUUAUCGAAAUCAUAGGAAGGGUUAUGAAGAAGUUCAUGUGCCAGCUUUGAAGCCAAUGCCUUUAGCUGCUGGCGAAAAACUCGUGAAGAUCUCUGAUAUUCCUGAUUGGGCACAACCAGCUUUUAAAGGAAUGAGCCAGUUGAACAGGGUCCAGAGUAGAGUUUACGAGACUGCUCUAUUCAGUGCAGAAAAUAUCUUGCUUUGUGCUCCCACUGGGGCUGGGAAAACAAAUGUUGCUAUGCUCACCAUACUUCAGCAGAUUGCAUUGAACAUGAAUGAUGACGGGUCUAUCAAUCAUAGCAAUUAUAAGAUUGUGUAUGUUGCACCUAUGAAGGCAUUGGUCGCUGAGGUAGUAGGUAAUCUGUCAAAUCGUCUGGAGCAAUAUGGUGUCGUUGUUAGAGAGCUGAGUGGAGACCAAUCAUUGACUCGUCAGCAGAUUGAAGAAACUCAGAUUAUUGUGACUACUCCUGAGAAGUGGGACAUUAUUACCAGAAAAUCAGGUGACCGCACAUAUACACAGCUUGUAAAACUUCUCAUUAUCGAUGAGAUCCAUCUUCUGCAUGACAAUAGAGGCCCUGUGCUUGAAAGUAUUAUAGCAAGAACUGUUCGGCAGAUUGAAACUACAAAAGAGCACAUUCGGCUGGUGGGAUUAUCUGCUACGCUUCCAAACUACGACGAUGUGGCAGUUUUUUUAAGAGUUAAACUAGAGAAAGGGCUAUUUCAUUUUGAUAAUAGUUACAGGCCUGUUCCUUUGGCCCAACAGUAUAUUGGGAUUACUGUAAAGAAGCCAUUACAGAGAUUUCAGUUGAUGAAUGAUGUGUGUUAUGAGAAGGUGGUUGGUGUUGCAGGAAAGCAUCAAGUACUGAUCUUUGUGCACUCGAGGAAGGAAACAUCCAAAACAGCUCGUGCAAUCCGUGAUACUGCCCUUGAAAAAGACACUCUUGGUAAAUUCUUGAAGGAGGAUAGUGCAAGUCGUGAAAUUCUUCAGUCUCACACGGAGUUGGUAAAGAGCAAUGAUCUCAAAGACCUAUUGCCAUUUGGUUUCGCAAUUCAUCAUGCGGGGAUGGUUAGAGCAGAUAGACAAAUUGUCGAGGAGCUUUUUGCAGAUGGGCACGUGCAAGUCUUGGUUUCUACUGCAACUCUAGCAUGGGGUGUCAAUUUGCCUGCUCAUACUGUUAUUAUCAAAGGCACUCAAAUCUAUAAUCCCGAGAAAGGAGCAUGGACUGAGUUAAGUCCUCUAGACGUCAUGCAGAUGCUUGGUCGUGCUGGAAGGCCGCAGUAUGACACUUAUGGUGAAGGAAUUAUCAUAACUGGGCACAGUGAAUUGCAAUAUUAUCUGUCCUUAAUGAAUCAGCAGCUUCCAAUUGAAAGUCAGUUUAUUUCUAAAUUGGCUGAUCAGUUGAAUGCAGAAAUUGUUCUUGGAACUGUACAAAAUGCUAAAGAAGCAUGCAAAUGGCUCUUGUAUACUUACCUUUUUGUUCGCAUGAUGCGGAACCCCACCCUCUAUGGUUUGGCUGCUGAUGCACUGAAAAGAGAUGGAAGCUUGGAGGAAAGAAGAGCCGAUCUGAUUCAUUCAGCAGCUACGGUGUUGGAUAAGAAUAACCUGGUGAAGUAUGACCGGAAAAGCGGAUAUUUCCAGGUGACUGACUUGGGUCGCAUUGCUAGUUAUUACUAUAUAACUCAUGGGACAGUUUCAACAUUCAAUGAGCAUUUAAAGCCGACGAUGGGUGAUAUCGAACUUUGUCGUCUGUUCUCCCUUAGUGAAGAGUUCAAAUACGUAACGGUGAGACAGGAUGAGAAGGUGGAACUAGCCAAGCUGUUGGAUCGGGUCCCUAUACCAAUCAAAGAGAGUCUCGAGGAACCUAGUGCCAAAAUCAAUGUUUUACUUCAAGCUUAUAUUUCACAAUUGAAACUUGAAGGACUGUCAUUGACAUCUGACAUGGUUUACAUCACUCAGAGUGCUGGGCGUUUAAUGAGAGCUCUGUUUGAGAUAGUACUUAAAAGGGGAUGGGCCCAAUUAGCUGAGAAGGCUUUGAAACUAUGCAAAAUGAUAGGCAGGAGGAUGUGGAGUGUUCAGACACCACUACGUCAGUUCCAUGGAAGUCCAAAUGAAAUUUUAAUGAAAAUUGAAAAGAAAGAUCUGGCCUGGGAAAGGUAUUAUGACCUCACUUCUCAGGAGAUUGGGGAACUAAUUCGUUUUCCUAAGAUGGGAAGAACACUUCAUAAAUUUAUCCAUCAGUUCCCAAAGCUGAACCUGAAUGCACAUGUUCAACCAAUUACUCGCUCUGUUUUGAGGGUUGAACUAACCAUUACGCCUGACUUCCAGUGGGAUGACAAAGUCCACGGGUACGUGGAGCCUUUUUGGAUCUUAGUUGAGGAUAAUGAUGGGGAAAAUAUUCUUCAUCAUGAAUAUUUCAUGUUGAAGAAACAAUACAUUGACGAGGACCACACCUUGAAUUUUACUGUUCCCAUAUUCGAACCCCUGCCCCCUCAGUACUUCAUUAAUGUUGUGUCUGAUAGAUGGCUAGGCGCACAGAGUGUUCUUCCUAUUUCUUUCAGGCACCUAAUCUUGCCUGAAAAGCUUCCUCCUGCAACGGAGUUGCUAGAUUUGCAGCCCCUUCCUGUGACAGCCUUGAGGAACCCAGCAUAUGAAGCCCUUUAUCAGCAAUUCAAGCAUUUCAAUCCCGUCCAGACCCAGGUUUUCACCAUCUUAUAUAACUCAGAUGACAAUGUCUUGGUUGCUGCACCAACUGGAAGUGGGAAGACCAUAUGCGCUGAGUUUGCCAUUUUAAGAAAUCAUCAAAAGGGACCUGAUAAUGUCAUGAGAGCUGUCUACAUUGCGCCUAUUGAAGCUCUUGCGAAGGAACGAUAUCAGGAUUGGAAGAAGAAAUUUGGGGAGGGCCUCGGGAUUAGGGUGGUUGAGUUAACUGGAGAGACUGCAACAGACUUGAAACUUCUUGAUAAAGGUCAGAUAAUAAUCAGCACUCCUGAGAAAUGGGAUGCUUUAUCACGCAGAUGGAAACAGCGGAAGCAUAUCCAGCAAGUUAGUGUCUUCAUUGUUGAUGAACUCCAUUUGAUUGGGGGUCAAGGUGGUCCUAUCCUGGAGGUUAUUGUAUCUAGGAUGAGGUCCAUUGCUAGUCAAGUGGAAAACAAAAUUCGUAUUGUGGCUCUGUCUACUUCUCUUGCGAAUGCCAAGGACUUGGGUGAAUGGAUUGGGGCUACGUCUCAUGGUCUUUUCAAUUUUCCUCCUAGUGUAAGGCCUGUGCCUCUGGAAAUUCAUAUACAGGGUAUUGACAUUGCUAAUUAUGAAGCUAGAAUGCAAGCCAUGACAAAGCCUACAUACACUGCUAUUGUGCAGCAUGCUAAGAAUGGAAAACCUGCAAUUAUUUUUGCUCCUACAAGGAAGCAUGCCCGUCUCACUGCUGUGGACCUGAUGACAUACUCAAGCGUUGACAAUGAAGAAAAGCCUUUGUUCUUAUUAGGGUCUGCUGAAGAGAUGGAGCCUUUUGUUGCCAACAUUAAGGAACCUAUGUUGAAGGAAACUAUUAAAUUUGGUGUAGGUUAUUUGCAUGAGGGCCUAAGCAGCACAGACCAGGAUAUAGUUAAGACACUGUUUGAAACAGGAUGGAUUCAAGUUUGCGUUAUGGGUAGUUCAAUGUGCUGGGGAGUCCCACUGUCUGCACAUCUGGUAGUGGUUAUGGGAACUCAGUAUUAUGAUGGCAGAGAAAACGCUCACAGUGAUUAUCCAGUCACUGAUUUAUUGCAGAUGAUGGGUCAUGCUAGUCGACCUCUCAUAGACAACUCAGGAAAAUGUGUUAUCCUCUGUCACGCGCCACGUAAGGAAUAUUAUAAGAAGUUUCUGUUUGAAGCCUUCCCAGUGGAAAGCCAUUUGCAUCAUUAUAUGCACGAUAAUAUCAAUGCUGAGGUGGUUGCUGGGGUUAUUCAGAACAAGCAGGAUGCGGUGGAUUAUCUGACUUGGACGCUUAUGUACAGAAGGCUGACUCAGAAUCCAAACUAUUACAAUCUUCAGGGCGUGAGUCACAGGCAUCUUUCGGAUCAUCUCUCAGAGCUUGUGGAAAGCACACUAAGCGAUCUAGAAGCAAGUAAAUGUGUUGCCGUUGAGGAAGAUAUUUUGCUGUCACCUUUGAAUCUUGGCCUGAUUUCUUCUUAUUACUACAUCAGUUACACUACAAUCGAGCGCUUCAGUUCUUCUCUGACAUCUAAAACGAAGUUGAAGGGACUCUUGGAUAUUUUGGCUUCAGCUUCAGAGUAUGAGCUGAUUCCAAUAAGACCCGGUGAAGAAGAGUUGAUACGAAGGUUGAUCCAUCACCAGCGUUUCUCCUUCGAGAACCCGAAGUUCACAGAUCCAAAUGUGAAGGCAAAUGCUCUGUUGCAAGCUCACUUCUCUAGGCAAACAAUUGGUGGUACCCUUGCCUCUGACCAGCAAGAGGUGGUUAUAAAUGCAAGCAGGCUGCUUCAGGCUAUGGUUGAUGUUAUUUCCAGUAGUGGCUGGCUUAAUCUGGCCCUUUUGGCCAUGGAAGUAAGUCAAAUGGUAACUCAAGGAAUGUGGGAGCGUGUCAUGCUCCUCCAACUUCCUCACUUCACAAAGGUGGCGAAGAGGUGCAUGGAAAAUCCCUGGAAGAAAGUCGAGACAAUUGCUGAUUUGGUCAAAAUGGACGACGAUGAAAGGCGAGCUCUGCAAAUGUCUGACUCACAGUGAUGGAUAUGCUCGAUGUGUAAUCGUUUGCCGGAUGAUUUGACAUAUGAUGUGACUAACGAGGAUAAUGUUAGGGCUGGGGAAGACAUUAGUGUGCAUGUCAGUCUUGAACGAGAUCUUCAAGGAAGGACAGAGGUAGGACCCGUGAAUGCCCCUAGGUAUCCUAAGUCGAAAGAAGAGGGAUGGUGGCUCGUUGUUGGUGAUACUAAAACCAAUCAGCUUCUUGCUAUUAAAAGGGUUGCCCUCCAAAGGAAGUCCAAAGUGAAACUCGAGUUUACUGCCCCCACAGAACCUGGAGAAAGAACUUAUCAACUUUAUUUUAUGAGUGAUUCUUAUCUUGGCUAUGAUCUGGAGGAGGUCUUCACAGUUGAUGUCAAGGAGGCUGCAAAUCCCGAAGAUGGUAAUUAACGAGGACGAACUUGCUGCUAAGUUAAACCUGUUUCAAUGACUGAAUCUUCAAUAUUGAUAGUAAUUUUGGUAGUUAGCUGUGACAUGGCGGUUGGGCGGAGAUAUGCACGAGUCCCCAGUUGGCAUUUUGCUGUCCUGCCUCAGAUAUUUGGCACGUUCAUAUCGGUGUGUUUCUUUCGUUUACCGGGGUGAUCCCUGUUUGUUCUGUAAUGAAUCUUAUAUUACAUGUUAGUUAUUUGUGCGUUAUGGAUCGAUAACUUUGAUUUUAUGUUGUUCUUUUAAGAACCAGUUGGUAAGUUAAUUGAUUUGUUCAUGCAGUUGUAAUCUUAUCUUCUUCGCCCAGAUUUUGUUCUUGAACUAUAGCAUUGAUUUUUCUCUUAUUUCUACUGAU